CCCUUAUAGAUUUAAAAAGAGAGGCUGCAUUCUCAGACUGACACUUAUUCAACAGUGUUACCUUAAGCAGAUUACUUUUUUUUUUUUUUGCGCUGCCUCGCAGGGUCAAAACAGGCGCUUUCGUGUCGCUGCUCCGACUGCUGCCGCUUCUCCUCCUCCUCCUCCUUCUUCUUCUUCUCCUCUUUUCUCCUCUCUUUCCACUUUGCCUUCUUCCUCCAUCAUGUUUGGGAUGCUGAAAGAUCACCUCCAGCCGGGCUUGUUCUGCUUCUUCGUGUGGUUCUGCCACCUCAUGGAGCAUCAGAAAGUUCAAGCUGGUAACUGCUGGUUGCAGCAGGGCAAGAAUGGCCGCUGCCAGGUGCUCUACAUGCCCGGGAUGAGCAGGGAGGAGUGCUGCAGGAGCGGGAGACUGGGCACGUCCUGGACCGAGGAGGACGUCCCCAACAGCACGCUGUUCAGGUGGAUGAUCUUCAACGGCGGAGCCCCCAAUUGCAUACCUUGCAAAGGUGGAGGGUCGUGCGAUAACGUGGACUGCGGGCCGGGCAAGAGGUGCAAGAUGAACAGGAGGAGUAAGCCGCGCUGCGUUUGCGCGCCAGACUGCUCCAACGUCACGUGGAAGGGACCCGUGUGCGGCUCGGACGGGAAGACCUACAAGGACGAGUGCGCGCUGCUCAAGGCCAAAUGCAAAGCGCACCCCGACCUGGACGUGCAGUACCAGGGAAAAUGCAAAAAAACAUGCCGAGACGUGCUGUGCCCGGGCAGCUCCACCUGCGUGGUGGACCAGACCAACAACGCCUAUUGUGUGACGUGUAACCGGAUCUGCCCCGAGGUGACGUCCCCUGAACAGUACCUGUGCGGCAACGACGGCAUCGUGUACGCCAGCGCCUGCCACCUGAGGCGGGCCACCUGCCUGCUGGGCCGAUCCAUCGGGGUGGCCUAUGAGGGCAAAUGCAUCAAGGCCAAGUCAUGCGAGGACAUCCAGUGCGGCGGCGGCAAGAAAUGUCUGUGGGACGCCCGCAUGAGCCGAGGACGCUGCUCGCAGUGCGAAGGCACGUGUCCCGAGAGCCGGACGGACGAGGCGGUGUGCGCUAGCGACAACACCACCUACCCCAGCGAAUGCGCAAUGAAACAGGCCGCCUGCUCCGAGGGGGUGCUGCUGGAGGUCAAGCACUCGGGAUCUUGCAACUACACACCACCAAGCACAGCUUUCGCAAGGAGAACGGACUUGGAAUGGAACGGACUUGCAUGAUGUUGUCUUUUUUUUUCUUUUUUUUUAACCCCCCCCCCUCCUCCCCGUGUACUUCUGCAAAGCAUUAUAACAGAGAGACUAAUUCAGUAUGAGUGAGGUGGGAGUUUGCAAUGGUCAUAUGUAGAUAUCCACAUGUAUUUGAUGAGUGCCGGAGUAUAUUUUUGCCUUAAAUCUCAUUCAGCCAAGCAACUAAUGGAGUGGGUCGGCAGCGGGCAUUUGGACUCCUCAAUUUCACAAAUACAGGCGAUUUAGCUGGCCUCUGAAUGUUCUGAACUCCUAUUUCCAUGUCAGUAUUGUACCCGGUAGAGUAAUGCUGCCCAGGGGAGGGCACACCAUCCAUCCAUCCAUCCAUUUUUUUUUUCUAUUAAUGCUUGUCUUUCAGUAGGGUUGAGUUGGGGUCCACCCCAGCCAACUUUGGGGCGACAGGCGAGGUAUACAGUGGACCUAUUCAUAUAUUUGCACAAUUUCCCCCCCCCCCCCAAUAUUUUUGUAAUUAAAAAAAUGUUUUUGAGGUUUUUUUUUUUUGGGCAAACCCCGUUUUUGUGGAAAACACAUAUUGGAGGUUUAUCCGCAUUUUUGACUUAAUUUUUGGGAUCUUUAAAAAAAAAGAAAAAAAAGGAGAGAGAAAUCCAAUGCAUUUCAAAGGGCGUCAAUUAUACGCAAAUGUUCACUAUUUUGAUAUUCGCCCGCUCCCUGUCCCUCUACUGUAUCCCAAACAUCUAUGGACAAUUUCAAAGUCUUCAACGAAGCUAACGUGCGGCCAAUCGCAGGGCACAUCUAGACAAACGGGCAUUUUCACUCAAACUCAAACCUACAGUAUAAAUAAUUCACAGUGUUCACUGAAACUAAAAUGCAUGUUUUUGGAAUGUGGAAUGACUUUGGCCGGACAAACAUCAACCAUUCAUAUCGUGCAUACUAUAUUUUCAUAACACAGGUUGUCUUAACAACCAAUGAAGCGAUGAAUGGUUUAUUAUUAUGGCCGUCCGUAGUUGCAAAUUCCCCCAAUGACCUUACUGGCGUAUUUCUGUGCUUUUGUUUCCGUUUUUUGUAUAAAUAUGUUUUAUUUUGGUCGGCUGAAAAUCAAUCAUUUCCAAUGUCUCUUGUGAAUAUGCCGCCAACCCUUUUAACCGUAUUCACAUGAUGGUGAUUGUAACAUUGGUGUCGUGACGGGUCAAGACGAACGGCAAAUUUGAACCUUGAUAAUCGCGUGCAGACUACCUAUCUAUCUGGAGAGCAGACGGCGUUUGUCGGGAGGGAGGAGGACCGGGGGGAGGUGGUGCUGGAGGUUAAGCGGUGUUGAAAUUGAGCAAGAGCCCUGAAGGAAGUAUCGCAUUUACAUUCCAUGUUGCUCCACUCAAAAGAAUGUCUCAUUGUUAGCUUCUCGUGCUAUGACACCAGAGGGACCAACUUUACGAUCACCUCAUGGGCUGAAUAUUUCUCAAUGUGAUAUUUGAUGGAGGAAGUUCACCCACGCCCUCCUUUCAUCGUUAAAAAAAAAAAACAAAAACAAACAAACAAACAAA